GCCCCUCUGUCUCUCCUUAAAUUGGACUGAGGGGGCCGCCAUCUUGAAGUUAGACUAGGUGGAGAACAUGGAUUGCGAAGCAGCCGUGCAGGCCGCAGGCGAAGAAGAUGCAGGUUGUACGGCUAGUGCAGGGGGGCCGGCCGGUCGUCCUGGAGACCAGGGUGGAACCGGAGACCCUACCAGCCAUGGCCUCCUUAGUGAUCUGGAAGGCCAGUAUGGUCCUCGUGGCCCUACUAGCCCUGGUGGUCCCGACACCCAGAGUGACCCUUGCAGCCCUCCUGGCCAGUGUGGUCCUGGUGCCCCCGACAAUCAGGGUGGCCUGGCUUCCCCGGGUGGCCCUGGAGACGAGGAAACCAUGGGAGCAGCAGCCAUAGAUGCUCCCACUGUGGCACGGGCACUCCGUGUUCCUGGGCCAGGUGGCUAUGCAAUAUCCAUGACUGCAGGACCGGAAAACCAAAAGAAGAUCUUCAAGCUCACUGUGCCUUUUCGGUGCUCGCUGGAGGCGGAGAUGGCCCGCAUCACCAUGGACGACGGAGAGGAGCAAAACCCCCAGCAGACGGUUCAAAGGGAGAUCAAGAUCAAGGGCACCGUGCUCUCUGUCAAAUGGAUUGCCGACGACUUUGAUCUGCUCCGUGUUUCCGUGGGCUCCUUCCUCGAAAAGCUUUCGGUGGUGAUGCAGAACAUCCAGUGCAUUUGGCCUUUUAUUCCCAGGAGAGUCAACAGGGCGAGGAGGGCUGGGGCCGAACCCGGCGACCCUAACUAGGGCACUUCCCAGGGGAUUGAUCCCUGGAGUGGUGUUUGCUCAUAUGGCCAUCUGGCUCUCUAUGCCCGCUUGUUCUGUUUCCCUGUUGCUUGAGAAAAUGGGUGAUUAAAUGUUUGCUA